AUGGGCGGUUUCAAGGGGAAGAAUUGCUGGCCUGGGGCACGGACGGGGCAAGACGUGGUUAAACAAGAAUCAACUGAAGGAGGUGAAGGAUUACUGGAAACGUUUAGCUCAGAAAUUAGAGGAGAUCAUAUGGCUGAAACCUUUUCCAUUACUUAUCUGUGUCUUAUGCUAUUGAUUAAUUUGCUUGUGCUCCUCUCCUUGCCCUGCUGCUGUUUUGGCUCCAAUAAGCCCGGUGUUGAAGGUGAAGCUUUGAUUGAAUUUCGAACAGCUCUGAAUGACUCCACUAGUAAAAUUGCAGAUUGGAACCCCUAUUUUGUUAGCCCCUGUUUCAGUUGGUCUCAUGUUGCAUGUAGAAAUGGAAACGUGAUAUCCUUAAGCCUGGCAUCUAAAGGAUUUUCAGGAACACUUUCACCAGCAAUAACCAAGUUAAAAUAUCUGGUUAGCUUGGAUCUACGUGAUAAUAAUCUUUCUGGUCCCUUACCUGAUUAUCUUGGAAGCAUGUUGAAUCUUCAGAAUUUAAAUCUGGCAAACAAUAACUUCAAUGGCUCCAUUCCAGCAACCUGGGGUCAACUUUCCAACCUGAAAUAUUUGAAUCUUUCAUCCAACUACUUAUUAGGGAGAAUUCCUGCAGAAUUGUUUUCAACAUCUAUCUUUGACUUCACAGGCACGCAUCUCAAAUGUGGAAACAAUUUCCAGCACCCUUGUGUUCCAAAUUCCUCCACCAAAGUUUCUACUAGAAAAUCAAAAUUCGAAAUUUCCAUUACCAUAGCAAGCAUUUGUGCAUUUGCUCUCCUGUUACUUGGGGCUGUCUUUGCUUACCGAUUCCAUCGGGUGCAUAAAACGAAACGUGAUAUAUUUGUUGAUGUGGAAGGUGAAGAUGAGUGCAAAAUUUCCUUUGGACAACUCAGAAGGUUUUCAUUGCGGGAAAUUCAGCUAGCAACAGAGAAUUUUAGUGAAAGCAACAUUAUUGGACAAGGGGGCUUUGGAAAAGUAUACAAGGGCAUCCUUUCAGACAACACACGAGUUGCUGUGAAACGCCUAAUGGACUAUCGUAGUCCUGGUGGAGAGGACGCAUUUUUACGGGAGGUUCACUUGAUAAGUGUAGCAGUUCACAAAAACUUGCUUCGAUUAAUUGGGUUUUGUACAACCUCUACAGAAAGAAUUCUUGUUUACCCAUUUAUGCGGAACCUCAGUGUUGCAUAUCAAUUAAGAGAUUUAAAACCUGGAGAGAAAGGCCUGGACUGGCCAACAAGAAAGCGGAUAGCUUGCGGUGCAGCCCAGGGCCUGGAGUACCUUCACGAGCAUUGCAACCCUAAGAUCAUUCACCGUGAUUUGAAGGCUGCAAACAUCCUUCUCGAUGAUGAUUUUGAAGCUGUCCUUGGAGAUUUUGGAUUGGCAAAACUAGUGGACGCAAAGCUCACACACAUUACCACUCAAAUACGUGGAACUAUGGGACACAUUGCCCCCGAGUAUUUGUCUACAGGAAAAUCUUCAGAAGCAACAGAUGUGUUUGGAUAUGGUAUUACUCUUCUAGAACUAGUAACUGGUCAGCGUGCAAUAGAUUUCUCCCGUCUUGAAGAUGAGGAAGAGGUUCUGCUGCUGGAUCACAUAAAAAACUUACUAAGAGAGGAAAAGUUUGAGGACAUUGUUGAUGAGAACUUGAAAAGUUAUGAUCUCGAAGAAGUCGAAACAAUUCUCCAAGUUGCUAUGCUUUGCACCCAAAGUUCACCGGAAGAUCGUCCGAGGAUGGCAGAAGUCGUGAACAUGCUGCAGGGAGUGGGUUUGGCUGAGCGAUGGGCCGAGUGGGAGCAAUUGGAAAAAGUAAGAUAUCAAGAAUUUUCCCUCUUGUCCCACCAGUUCAUUUGGGCUGAAGAUUCUACUCAUGACCAAGAAGCUAUACAGUUGUCACAAGCUAGAUAG